GGGUUCGACAAAUUUUAGUGUUACCAAACGGAAUGUAAGUCAAUUCAUCUAAUUUGAGCGUUGAACUCAAAGUAUCUCAACAAUGAAAAACCCAAGGGAUAUCAGACUAAAAUAACUUUCAGUUGUGUUAAAAAAACUUUACCUACUCUCUCCUUCCUCCAAUAAAUUAUAUUAUACACCCGGGUGUACAUGUACACCCGGUUUUUAAAUGACGUGGCUCUUCUCCUGCAACAAACAGAAGAAAUCAGAGAUCUCAGCGACCAAGCUCACCAUCGGUCUGCUGCUCACCGUCGGAGUUCAACCCCAAGCUCAGCGACCAACGACAUAGAUCUCGCCAGGAAUCAGCAACAAAAAAAUAGUCCAACAAACACGGGGAGCAGCGACCAACUUCUACCACUAACUCUCGGUGUUGUCCGCAAUCAAUCAAACCUUUCCUUCUUGGACGGAGCACCAGGAAAGAGCAGCGAAUUCCGGAUUAAAAAAAUCAGCAGCAACUUUGCCUCCGUAAAACCUCUGUCCGCUGCGUCAACAAAAUUCCGGUCAGCAACAUCUCGAGCUCUGCUUCCAAUGAAUUUCCCCUGCAAUACACCAAAAGAAAAAAAAACAGUAAAGAAGAAAAGUUACCAGCUAUUAACUCUGCUUCCAGAAAUCUCCGUAGCUAUGGGUCUUGAAAUCAAUGGUGCAAGGAUGAUUAUGCAGACCACAUAAGUUAUAAUUAUAUAAGAGUCCUCUAGAGCAUUGGAGUUUUAUUAGGAUUCUAAUUCUAAUAUGAAGGGCCUCGUAAAUUAAUCCAACCCUUGUCAUCGCUCUCACGUGCCAAAUGAGCAUAAUGUUUAAACGAAAUGAGUAUAGACAAAUAAGGAUUUGAGCACAUUGGCAAUUUCAAAUGACAUUAAAAGUGUUUUAAUGCUCAUAAUAAGUUUGAUGCACAUUAAAAGUUCAUUAAUGCUCAUUUAACAGAAACUGUGAUUUUUAUCUCAAUAGAGAAGGUUUGAUGCUCAAUGAAAAUGUCGUUAUGUCAAACUAACAAACUUUACGAUUUUCAUAUCAAUUAACAUUUUGUAAGUUACGUAUGCUCAUUUCGUAUUGAUGUUAUGCUCAUUUUAAAAUAUCAUAUCAAUGCAAAAGCAUCAUAUUACACUAAAUUCACAUAUUGAAAUUCAUAAGAGUGUAUUAUAGAUAUAAUUUAAUAAGUUUUAUAAAAGAAAAAAUAUGAAAAAGAACAAAAAUCAGAAGAUAUGAAGUUGAGAUCGGGUUACUCAUUGUUAGCCUCGUAAUACUCAAUCAAAUAGGUUGUAUGCUCACUAAACGUACAAUAUUGCUCAUUUAGCAGAAGCCGUGAAUUUUUUUUGGCUUGUAUUAGUGUUGAUAGAGUAUAUAUCUAGAGAGAAGUGAGAGCUAAAGAGAGAAGUGCACGUAAAUGCUUCAAUAGAAUGAUUUUGUAACCUCUACAACUACCUUAAGAGGAAGUAUUUAUAGGAAAAAUACGGGCUGGGCUCCCAAGCCUUGGGCUUGGGAGACCCAUUUUCAACUGGACCGCUAUUGGGCCGAAUACAAAGUAAAUGAUGGGAUAUAUAAAUGAAUAAGUGUAAAAUCUAGUUCUGCGAGACUUCCGUGGCCGACGAGGGUCUAGACGGCGAGGGCACGGCCGAUGAGGGCACGGCCGAUGAGGACACCCUGGUUCCCUGGCUUCAGGAUCAUAUUCUGAGUCGGUCCCUCUUCAGCCGACGAGGGUCCUUUGUAUUGGGAAUAUUUUAUGGUGUCCAAUCUAAUUAAAUAUCUUUGUAUUUGUGUAGUUAUUAGCUAAAUGUGUAAUAUGGGCCACAAAUGUAUUUUAGCCCAUUAGCCCACUUGUAAGCCUUAAGUUAGACAUCCUUAUGUAUAAAAGGAUGCUAACUUAAACAAACCCUAACUCUCACAUAAGCCUCAACGCAGAUAUCAUUUUUAGUGAGAAGGGAGAAAAACGUCGUUCAUACCCUAUUCUGUAUUUCGACAUCUUUAUUGGUAUUGAAUCGGAUCAUCGUUUCUUCUGGACUCGUUAUAUUGUUUGUAUGAUUGUUGAUUGAUAUUGGGACUAACAUUUGGUAUCAGAGCCGAGGCGUGAAACAGGUUGAAUCUAUCUGCGAAUUUUCUGAUCUUACGAAGAACUGCUUUGCUUUUCUUCUCGUUUUCUUUGAUAUAGAUAUUUGCUCCUGUUAUCUUGUUUGUGAACGAAAAUUUGUAAAAGUUAUACCGUUGGAAUCACCUCUGAAAAACGAUCAAGCAGUAUAUCGUAGUUUUUGAUUUUCACAAUUUUUCAGUUUGGAAGAUCUCGAUACUCGGAUCUCGAGAUCAAGUUUUUUACAGGAUGUGUUUAGUAUUUCGAUCUGAAAUUUUCACAGGAGGAUCUCGUCAUUCAGGACUACGCGAUACAACUUUCAGUUUUUGAAAAAUCGACAUUUUGAGAUUUCGACAUUUUAAGAUCUUGAGAUUUUGAUAUUUCGACAUUUUAGGAUCUCGAGAUUUUGAGCUUUCGACAUUUUAAGAUCUCGAGAUUUUGAUAUUUCGACAUUUUAGGAUCUCGAGAUUUUGAGCUUUCGACUUUUUAAGAUCUCGAGAUUUUAAGGUUUUGACAUUUUAAGAUUUCGAGAUUUCCACUUUGGUUUUAAAAAAAAUAAAAAUAAAAAAUAUUUCUAUAAAGGAACGAGGGGCAAAAUUGUCUUUUGAGCCCCGCCGAAUUUUGCAGCAUUCGUGUCCGCAGGUCGCCCGCGCAGGGGGGGUGCGAAUUUUCGAGAUCCUUUAAAAUACUAUUUCUAUAUCAAAGUUGGGGAGUGUUACUAAGAUUUCGAGAUCCUUUAAAAUACUAUUUCUAUAUCAAAGUUGGGGAGUGUUACUAAGAUGACAAUUAGUUAACAUCUUGACAUUGGUUAUAGUAAUAGCUAUUUCUUCCUCUAUGUUAAUAUUGGGGAGUGUUACUAAGAUGACAAUUAGUUAACAUCUUGAUAUUAAUCAUAGUAGGAUUCAUAUUCUUUAAUAUUCUUCCUUGAGUAUUAAUUAAUUCCUAUUCAUAUUUCAUGUUAAUAUUUUAAACAUUACUUAAAGUAUCAACUAG